AUGGAUCGAUUUGGGAAAGCGUUUCAUGAGACAGGACGAGGACUUCUUAUUGGUAUUGGAUUGACCUUUCAAGGAAUUGUCGCGGCUAUUGCCUAUCUGUGUUUAGCCAUACCUCGUGCCUUACCAUUGGGUCUAUUAACCGGACUGACCUCGGUGAUUCCGAUUAUAGGCACAGGCAUUGUUUGGGUUCCAAUAGCCAUCGCACUUUUUUUACAGAGUCAAUAUGUUAAAGCGGGUAUCAUGUUAAUCGUCGGUGUUGUAGCUAUCGCAUCAAUCGAUAAUUUAUUACGGUCUCUAUUUUCAAAGUUGGGUGCGUUACAUAUGUCAACAUUAUUGCUUCUUCUAUCGAUAUUUGGUGGUAUACAAUUGUUAGGACCAUGGGGUGCAUUAUUAGGACCGGUAGCUGUUAGAUUAGCAACGGAAGCUCUACUAUUGGUGGCAGAAGAUGAGGAGGAAGAAGAACAUCAACCAAAUAUGCGUUAG